AUGGAGGGCAGUUUGCCUCUUGCGAUGACAAUAUUGGUGGUGGUAUCUGUGCGUCUCCACAACGGUUUACUACCUCAUAGUAGCGUGGAUGUGACACUGGGCGUCGAACUGCGAUGCACAGCGGAGGUUGGGCGACGACCUGUGGUGAAAGCUAAGCUCGCCGUGGCAUGGCUGCUUAGUUUGGGGAAAAGUCUCUUUGCCACUCCAGCAUAUUCACUGCCUCAGUACCCUGCACACUGGGCCCUGCCGUCUCAGACGUCGGACGGUAUGGCGACCGACGCUGACCUGCAUGCCCUUCUCGGAGCUGCAGGGCGUAUCAAAUUUCACGUGAUUGCUCUGCAGGAAACCAAGUGCAGAAGGAGCGACGUACGACAGAUGAAUAACGGUACACUCGUCAUUCGUGAAGAGAAGGUUCCGUCGCGAGAUGUGAGCGGUGUUGGUUUUGUUGUGCACCCAUCUGUCGUCCAUCUCGUCGAUUCUCACGAGAUCCUGUCACCUCGUCUGGCCAUUCUUCGCCUCCGCCCUCUGCGCCAAAAAAUCUAUCAGUAUCAUCAAUUACUAUUCACCAACAUCAGCAGCUGA